GGAGACUUGAGCAUCUCGUCAUUAUACACAGAUAUCUGUUUUACCCUGCUUUUCCCGGCCCUGUCUAGAUGGGAUACAGAUUUUUGUCGAAUUGACGGACAUAUUUUUGCAUUUUAGAUAACCCCAAAUAUUUUCCUAACCAUACUCUAAUGAUCAUAACGUGCUACUCUAAUUCACAUAACCUGCUGCGUAAAUUCCCCUAAACUCUACUACGAAAAAUCAAUUUUGGACGAAAACUGUAUCCCUUCUAGACAUAACCGCUUUUACCCGACCCUCACAGAUAAUUCUGAAAAGCGUCCAUGUAGCUAGCUACAGACAGGUCACAAGUCUGAUCAUCAUCUGCUGAAAAUUGGAUCCAAUGGAUCAAUAUGUGAGAUAUGGAAAUAUUGGUCAGACAGAAGAGCUUUUUGAUCAAUCAUUGCAUUGGAGUGAGGUUAAAGAGGAGGCUGAAGAAUGUCAGAUUUCAGCUGUGCCAUUAGGAGUUGAAACGUCACAGGUUUUUAAAAAAGAGGACACUGAUGGACAAGAUCCUUCCUUUGAAACAGUUUCAGACAUCCAUGGAGUCGCAGAGCAAGAGCAUGGACCUAAAGGCAAGGUGCUGCCUUCACCAGCCCCAGUCAAAGAGGAGUCUGAAGAAUGCUCCCUUCUGCCAGUAGAUGAAGAGGAGGUUACCUUAAUUACAGUGAAGGAAGAAGAGAAUGAAGAUGGGUUGAAGUCAGAAGAUGAGAAUAUUGUGAAAGUGUCAGUGCCUUGGGAGCCGUUGGAAACAUCACCAUCAUACUCGGAUACAGAUGAUACAGAGGACAGUGAGAUGGAAGGUGAUAAUGUGCGGGACUGUGAAAACGAUGAGCAUGACGUUUCAGUAGGGUUGAAGAUCGAAGAUUGCAGCAGGACAUCAUUGGAUCAAGGGACUGCACCAGGUGACUCUAAAGGUGUGUCGUCCUUCUAUCCAUGCCCCCAAUGUGCGCUCGGCUUCACCAUAGAGCGCUUUUUCCAUGGGCACCUCAAGAGGGACCACCCCAAAGAGUACAUCGCAAUGUUGAAGUCUGGGAAAAUCAUAGCAAAAAAAGAAAACAGUUUACAGCUGACCCCAGCCACCUGCCCGCAAUGUGGCAAAAGCUUCUACAAUAAAUAUGUCAUGCAAACGCAUCAGAGGACUCACACAGGGGAGAAACCCUAUCAUUGUGUAGACUGUGGGAAGAGCUAUGUCUGCGCUGAAUCACUUAAAACACACAGAAGGACUCACACUGGGGAGAGACCAUAUAAAUGCUUUGAGUGUGGGAAAGGAUUUGGAGAACGAUCCCAACGGAUUAGACAUGAAAUGAUCCACACAGGAAGACCAUAUAAAUGCUCUCAAUGUGAUAAAUGUUUUUGCUUUUCCAGAGAUUUUAAGAGACAUCAGUUGACACAUAAGAAGACCCACACUGGACAUAGACCCUAUAAUGUCCGCAGGUGUAAGAAGUCCUCUGGCCAGCUAGAAGCUCUCAAAGCACACCAGAAAACACACAAAGGAAAAAAGACUUUUCAGUGCUCUGUGUGACAAUUGUUUUGGGUUUUUCAGAGACCAUACCAUACAUCAGUUGACACGUACCUAAUGUCCUAUAAACACCAGCCUGAGAGGCUUGAAGGAAGUCACAAUAUCAUCUGCUACAGAAUCGCAAAGUGUCAAAGAUGUGUGCCCUCGACUCAGUCUGGUGUCAAACUUUAACCAUAACAUUCAACACUGGCAGACAUUUGAUAUUGGUAGUUAAAAUAGGUCAAAAGUAUGAACAUCUUUACUUAGUUCCAACAGAUAAUUGUAGACUAAUAAGGGAAAUGUCUUCCCACACAUAUAAUCAUGCUUAUUACAUACCAAUUAAUAUAAUCAGUAAAUCAAAUACUGGAAAAUAAUUGAUCAAUUCAUUUUCCCUUUACAGUUCCCCUUUGGUCAAACAGACGUAAACAUACGUGUCGCGCCCUAUGACCACAGAUGCCUUAAUGCAUAUAGAUUACUACAAAUUUCAGUGUGUAGACCCCCACAAUCAACCUGCCAUUUAAACAACAACAACCAGUAGCAUGAUAGAAGUUUCGAUAAGAUCUCCCCAUGCCUACUCCACGUGCUUAGUCUCAGGACACAUGCAUCGAUAGCUCAGAUGCUGUACACAGGUUGCUUCGCUCAGUCUAGUAGUUGAGAGACAGGGCAGUUGUGGAUGCUGUUUUUCAGCUGGUUAGAGAGGCUGGGGCCUUGCACUGAUCUGGUCAAAUUAAUCGGAUGCAUAUAGGUACCCUCUGGGGGCUGUAUGGCCAUUACCUCAAGGAAAUGAUAAUAUUAAUUAGGCCAUUACCAAAUACAUAUUACCACAAGUACAUUCUUGACACAAUAAUUUUUAACAAGACACACAUGAUUAGUCAUCAACACGUGUCUCCGUUCUUGAUUAAACACAGGCAUAGUUAUACUUUUGUCUCACAACAAAAUGAUCUACCAUUCCCACUGGAACUGUCAGAUCCCCCAUUGAUUUUAUUUUUCCCCCUGGUUUUGAAUGAGGUUAAACCCCUUUUCAUUAGAUAUGUAGAUAUGGUUCUGUGUGGCUCAGUUGGUAGAGCAUGGCGCUUGCAAAGCCAGGGUUGUGGGUUUGUUUCACACUGGGGACCGCUACGAAAAAAUAUGAAAAUGUAUGUACUCAGCACUGUACGUCACUCUGGAUAAGCGCAUCUGCUAGAUGACUAAAAUGUGAAUGGAAAUGUAAUAUCAUAUUUGUAUAUCUCCUUCAGGAUAAACAAAUACAGCAUAUAUUACAUUUUAAGUACACAGUGCUGAGCUGUCUGUUUAUUUUUAUUUUAUUUUACCAGGCAGGUCAAUUAAGAACAAAUUCUUAUUUAUAAUGAUAGCCUUUUUACCAAACAAAAAGUCAUAUUAGUUAUAAUUUCUAUUCAAUUUGUCCACCUAAAAGUAAAACAUUCCAUACUCCAGGAUUAUCCAAUAAGUGUCUCAAAUUACACAUACUCCUAUUUUCAUUUACUUUAACCUGGAGCCCCAAGUGUGGCUCCCAACAGGUUUUUAAAAAUGAAACACUUUUGUUCACAGGGAGGACACAGCACCCUUUACUUUCUCAUUAUUGGAAGGCAUAGUUUGUAUUUUAGUCUUAAGUUUUACUGUAGAAUUACCAAUCUCUGUUGGAUAUUCUUUAUUUGCUAUAUUAUAAAUGUCUGUUAUUUUUUUAUUAAUAUGUAACUAUAAAAUACAUCAGCCAUGUAUCAAUGUUCACCAAAUGAAAAACGUAGUAACUAUCACUUGAACUACUCAAUCACAGUCAUGAAAUUUGUCAGGCAACUCAAGGGCUUCACAUACUCUUGAAAAAAAAGUAUUUAUUGUCCUGUCAGAGAAAUUUCACAUAUCAACACGGCUGCCUUCUCAGCCUAAUCUUAUAUUUAGACCAAAAGCUCCAGCCAUUCGCACGGCUGGCCCUUCACAUACCACCAUCUUUUCGCCAUGUUUUUGUAACUUUGUUCUACCAUGACAAAAGAAGCAGACAUCUAACAGGGGAUGGUGAAAGUCACAAAUAUAGAACCAUAGUUCCAAAAGUAGACCAGUGGCAACCCAUCAUUCAGGGCAUGUGGGGUAGAGCCUACCUGUUUAACAAAAAAAUACAAAUAUAUUUUUUUUUAUUGUUGUUGACGGUUUUGCAUGUUAUUUUGGCAUUAAUACGUGUCACAUAUCAGUUCGCAAACAAUGUAAAAGAACAACAAGUUAAUAAAGCCUCAUACAAA